CGUUCUAAUCAUUGGCUGUGAGGGUUUGCGCUUCUUGUAGAUUCAUUCGCUGUCAAUGGCCCGCUGGUGGACCUGUUUUCUAUGAAUACCUUGGCUUUUUACAGUCAAAAUGCCAAGUAUUUCUGUUGUUAUGGAUAUCUUAUAUUGUUUAUGGAUAUUUCCAAUGGUAGGGGCUGUCGAAGAAAUACUCAUGGACUCUACGACGGCAACAGCAGAGCUGGGAUGGACUAUCUAUCCAGCAUUGGGGAACCGUCUCUAGCUGCAGCACCAUGAGAAGCCCAAUUUAGAGCAACAGCAAAAGCAUAUAUCAGGAAUAAGUACCCCUAUUUGUUUACCAUGUUCAUACGGCAUUGUUGUUCGGAAUACAAAUAGGGGCAGCAAUAUAUCCGGUCAUAGGUUGCAAAAGGCCCCAAAACAGCAUGUGUGAACCUCCCCCCCCCCGAUGUAGUUGGUUAGAGUUAAUAAUUUAUUUCAUAAAAUAAACUUCUAAGCAAAGUGAAUUGGGGGAAAUUUGCCUACGUGUGCCUUUCAUGUAAAAUGUAAAAGUGGGAGCUGUCUGAGGAAUUGCGAUGUUGUUUUGUUAACUCUGCUGAAGGAAGAUUGCCCUGUCAUACUGAAAUCAAUAAUUCAUAAAGUGUGUGAUGCCAGGAAGAUAAACAGUGUGAAAGCUGUGAGCCAAGUGAUACAUCAACUGAAUCUUAUUGUACGUUUAUUUUGACAUUAAUCACGAUAUGGGUUCUUUGGUUUUUUUUAAGACCAGUAAUCAAAGUAAUUCAAAUAAUAUGUUGACUUUUCACUGGUCAUGGAUGUUAAACUGACCUCUUGCUCUGUCUGUCCCUGGCAGUGGGAGGAGGUGAGUGGCUACGAUGAGAAUAUGAAUACCAUCCGCACCUACCAGGUGUGCAAUGUCUUUGACAACAACCAGAACAACUGGGUACGCACCAAGUUCAUCCGCCGGCGCGGCGCCCAGCGCAUCCACGUGGAGAUUAAGUUCUCGGUGCGCGACUGCAGCUCCAUCCCCAGCGUCCCCGGCUCUUGUAAAGAGACUUUUAACCUGUACUACUACGAGACAGACUCAGACACCGCCAAUAAGGUGUCCCCGGCCUGGAUGGAGAACCCCUGGAUUAAAGUGGACACCAUCGCAGCUGACGAGAGCUUCUCCCAGGUGGACCUGGGCAGCCGGGUGAUGAAAAUCAACAGGGAGGUACGGAGCUUCGGCCCCGUGUCACGCCAGGGUUUCUACCUGGCAUUCCAGGACUACGGCAGCUGCAUGUCGCUCAUCGCCGUGCGCGUCUUCUACAGGAAGUGCCCCCGCGUGGUCGAGAAUGGCGCUGUGUUCCCUGAGACCCUGUCGGGGGCGGAGAGCACCUCCCUGGUGGCGGCGCGGGGUGUGUGUGUGCCCAAUGGGGAGGAGGUGGAUGUGCCCAUCAAGCUCUACUGUAACGGGGACGGGGAGUGGAUGGUGCCCAUUGGGCGCUGUAUGUGCAAGGCUGGGCACGAGGCGGUGGAGAACGGCACGGUGUGUCGAGCGUGUGGCUCAGGGUUCUUUAAGCCUUCCCAGGGCGACCACCAGUGUCUCCAGUGUCCCAUCAACAGUCGCAUCACCAAUGAGGGGGCCAUCAACUGUGUGUGCCGCAACGGUUACUACCGCACCGACUCAGAUCCCCCACUGAUGCCCUGCACCACCAUCCCCUCUGCGCCCCAGAGUGUAAUCUCCAUUGUGAACGAGACAUCCCUGAGGUUGGAGUGGAGCGCACCACGCGAUGGCGGUGGCCGCGAGGACGUGGUCUACAACAUCAUCUGUAAGAGCUGUGGAGGGGGCCGGGGAGGCUGUACCCGCUGCGGGGACAACGUCCAGUUCGUCCCCCGCCAACUGGGACUGACCGAGACUAGGGUCCACAUUAGUGACCUGCUGGCCCACACGCAGUACACCUUUGAGAUCCAGGCAGUCAACGGGGUCUCCGACCAGAGCCCCUACUCGCCACAGUACUCGUCGGUCAAAAUCACCACCAACCAGGCCGCGCCAUCGGCCGUGUCGAUUAUGCACCAGGUGAGCCGGACCCCCGACAGCAUCACUCUCUCCUGGUCCCAACCUGACCAGCCCAACGGCCUCAUACUAGACUAUGAGCUGCAGUACUAUGAAAAGAGCAUGGCAGAAUGGAACUCAUCAGUGGUGCGCAGCCAGACCAACACAGCAGUCAUCCGGGGCCUGAAGCCCGGCGCUAUAUACGUCUUCCAGGUGCGGGCUCGGACCGUGGCUGGAUUCGGACGUUUCAGCGGAAAGAUGUUCUUCCAGACCAUGACUGAAGAAGAGUACAAGUCCAGCUUUCAGGAGAAGCUCCCCCUCAUCAUUGGCUCCGCCGCUGCAGGCAUGGUCUUCAUCAUCGCUGUCGUCGUAUUCGUCAUUGUCUGCAAUCGAAGAAGCUCUGAGAGACCAGAAUCUGAAUUCACAGAUAAGCUCCAGCACUACACCAGUGGCCACAUGUCUCCAGGAAUGAAGAUCUAUAUCGACCCAUUCACUUAUGAGGACCCCAACGAGGCAGUGAGGGAGUUUGCCAAAGAGAUUGACACCUCCUGUGUCAAGAUUGAGCAAGUCAUUGGCGCAGGUAAAAAAUCAACCGGUGAAGGAGAGUUUGGGGAGGUGUGCAGUGGGAACCUGCGUCUCCCCGGAAAGAGAGAGAUCCUGGUGGCCAUCAAGACCCUGAAGGUGGGCUACACAGAGCGCCAGAGGCGGGACUUCCUAUCUGAGGCGUCCAUCAUGGGCCAGUUUGACCACCCCAACAUCAUCCACUUGGAGGGCGUGGUCACCAAGAGUGCCCCAGUCAUGAUCAUCACUGAGUUCAUGGAGAAUGGAUCACUGGACUCCUUCCUCAGGCAAAAUGACGGGCAGUUCACAGUGAUCCAACUGGUGGGCAUGCUGCGUGGCAUAGCAGCGGGCAUGAAGUACCUGAAUGACAUGAACUACGUGCACCGGGACCUGGCUGCCCGCAACAUUCUGGUCAAUAGCAACCUGGUGUGUAAGGUGUCGGACUUUGGGCUCUCACGCUUUCUGGAGGAUGACACAUCAGAUCCCACCUACACCAGCGCCCUGGGAGGGAAGAUCCCUAUCCGAUGGACUGCCCCGGAAGCCAUCCAGUACAGGAAGUUCACCUCCUCCAGUGAUGGGUGGAGCUACGGCAUCGUCAUGUGGGAGGUGAUGUCAUACGGAGAGAGGCCCUACUGGGACAUGAGUAAUCAAGAUGUGAUCAAUGCCAUAGAACAGGACUACCGGUUGCCCCCGCCCAUGGACUGCCCUAGUGCCCUGCACCAGCUCAUGCUGGACUGCUGGCAGAAGGACCGCAACAAUCGUCCCAAGUUCAGCCAGAUUGUCAAUAACCUGGACAAGAUGAUCCGCAACCCCAACAGUCUGAAGGCCACGACGCCGCUGUCAUCAAGUGUUCACCUACCUCUGCUGGACCGCAGCACACCUGACUUCUCCAGCUUCAGCACCGUGGAUGAGUGGCUGGAUGCCAUCAAGAUGGGCCAGUACAAGGAGAACUUUGCCAACGAGGAAUUCACCAGCUUCGACGUGGUCUCCCAAAUGACCAUGGAGGACAUCCUCCGAGUAGGGGUGACCCUAGUGGGCCACCAGAAGAAGAUCCUUAACAGUGUCCAGUCUAUGCGGGCCCAGAUGAAUCAGAUCACCUCCGUUGAGGUCUGACCUCUGAUGUCCAGAUGGGGAGGGCACUGGACUGGACCGGACCUCCAGCCUGGUCUCCCUGUCAGACUGUGACCCCCAUCCCCAUCAGCCCCGCUUCUCUAGACCGCACUCCCAUGAGUUCAGUCAACAGUCGGCAGCCUGUACUUUAUGGUCAGUCUGCAGCCGUGCUCAGCGUGUCCACAACCACUGCCCCUCCUAGGUUCAGUCUGUCUCUAGCUGUGCUGAGUCUACGACUGUCCAGACUCUGUCCAGAUUUUGUCCAGUCUCCAACUGCAGUCAGUCUCUGUUGAUUGCACGGCUGCAGCCCCUCCUUGUUUUUGUAGUAUGACAUUGUUUACAGUCUUUUGGUUGGAUAUGAUUUCUACUGGUCCCCAGACUAAAACUCAUCAACAGACGGCCCUUUAAAAGGGCUAUUAAGAGAAGGUUGGGACAAGACUUCAUAUAACUUUACUCACAUCUUUCACAGUGAGAUUCUGAGGGUAUCAGUGACUUUAACAGUAGGACCAGUACUCUGAACGGAGCGUGUGAUGUACUGGAUAGUGAAUAGGACAAGUGUCAGACUCCCAUGCAGUUCCAUAGACUUAAUGGAUGUGAAAUGAAAUGACUCAUCUUCGGGAAGAGUCUGUCCCGUGAGAACAAACUUACCAUCCUUGUGCAUAAUGCUCUCAUUUGGCCAUUUGAAAAUUGUUGUGAUUAUAUUACUGUUUGCUACCUACCUUCACUUCUGUUCUCUUGAGAAGAAAAAAAACUUUGAACACACAUUACUUCCAACAGCCCAAAUGAAGCAUAAUAUAAAAGUACUGUACUGUGCAUGUCAUUGUCUCUUUCUCUUCUGGGAAUCACAGGCUGCCAUAGCCACUGAACCAUAUUGGCCAUUUUCACUGUUUUGGAGUUCCGCUCUGUGCAGUCUUUGUUUCGGUGACUCAGUUGGUAUUUGUUUUUUAAAUAUUUGUAUGUGCACCUUAAUAAAGAAGUAGGAUGGGCACUUCCAUAAAUUCUUCCAUUACAAAAGUGUUGUGUGCAAAGUUUAGAUUUCACUUUCCCUUUGUCCUCCUCUAUGUUUAAAGGAUCUCGUGUGAAUAUAUAUUUUGUCUCUGUCAUGAAAAAGCACUUGUCCUUCCAUUUAUGGUACAUACAAAAUGACUGCAAUAGGUUAUGCAGCCAGGUGUACCAUACUGUACUUGCACAAAAUGACAGCCUCUGAAGCUCCAACCAGGUGGGAAAGGAUUCCAAAGGGAGCCUGCUGGUAUUUAAAAGACUUCACGGAACACUGUUGUCGUUUGGUUUGUUUUUAAAUGGGUUUUAUAAUGAUAUUUUGUGAUUUGUUUUUCUAUUGCUACCUAUGACCACCUUCGAUGGAGCUGUGAAUUGUCACAUGAUCUGGGGUCGGUCAUACACAGCGUUCGUAUUGACAUAUGUAUAUGCCGUUGCCAUUCAUUUAUCAAAAGUUUUGGACACGUGUUUAUGAUUCGUCACAGAGAAAAGUGGGGACUUUUUAAAGAAAUGGAUGAAAGGUCAUUUCGUUUUUUUGUUUUUUUUUGUACUGAGAAAUAGGGUAUACCUCUUUUUCAUAUUGUGCCAGCACAUAUCACACGUUUACACAUUUAUACUCCAUCCAUAACAUACUGUACUUGAGGUUCAGGGAUUAGAAACACAUUUUUAAAAUUCAAAUAAAUAGACACUAGUCAAACCAGGAUGACGCAACCCUCUGUUCCUUGAGUGCGAUAGUGUUUGCAUGCUUCCAUUGUCUCCGCACUUCCUGGAUAAAUCACCAUCAGUCAUUCCAUAGGUCAUCUCUCAUACGGUAGCAUUUAAUAGGUAUGAAUAUGGUACUAAUUAGGAUACACCUCAAUGAGAAACACUUGACCAACUACUGCUGGCAAUGGAGUUAUCAACGGUGUUAUUAAAGUGUUAUGCUGUUACUACCCAACCAACAAACUCUGCUGCCUCUGUGGGGGGGGGGGAGAAAGAGUCAUUUCCAAUUUCGAUAAAUAGGGGUAUGUUCUUCUGCAGUUCUUCCCAGAUAUAUUGUCCUCAUCGUAUUAUUCUCUAUCAAUAGCAAUGCACUAUACAAGAUCCGAAUUUCUAAAUUAAGGAAGACAAACCUACAAAUAUGAUUUGUAACGACAACAAAAAAAUCAUAGAAAAACGUUUUUGCUGCUGUCAACAAAUACACUCAGAGCUUGCCAUCUCUGAGUGCGUGCCAUUUGCAAACAAAAGAAACCAAAAUGGACGCUUCUACUGUAACUCAAUAUAGCUGUGACCUCUAUAUGAGCACAUUUACUUUUUUUUUGGUCAUUUUAGUUGUUUAAAAAUAACUCAAACACUGUACACUGUGCUAAGCUCAUUCCCUCUGCUGGUCUCAUGUUAAACCUGCACUAUUACCAUACCUCUAUACCAUUAUAGUACCUUUUUCACCCUCUUUCACUUUUGUUCUCUGUCCUUUGGGUGUCCCUAAAGGCACAUAGGGUCAGCCAACCCCCCUUCCAGUCCUAACCACUGUGAUUGCAUUGGGAUGUUUCAUUUUCUGUACAAAUGUACAUUGACUGUAACCCUGUGAAUGAUGUAACAAUUUUAAUUAUUUGUAAUAUUGUUAUUUGUCUAUUUUAUAAAAAGAAAAAAAAAUAACAAAAGAAAAGAAAAGAAAACAACAAUUACGACAACAAACUGGAAGCCGGUAGCAACUGUGUUCUAUAAAUAAAAAAAGGUUACAUUCAAA